AUGCCUUCAACAAACGAUCAUUAUGAUGAAGAGAAAACAGUCUACAUCAUUCAUGAAAAUGAUUUAUGGAUACCUCCAUUUUGCGAAGCGUUUGAUCAAUUGGGUUUAAAGUACGUAGAAUGGAAUAUAAAUUCGUCUCAUACAUUUUCCAUCAAUAAUUCACCUCCAAAGAAUAGUUUAUAUUUUAAUCGUAUAUCACCAUCAUCGCAUACAAGAAAUCAUCGAUACGCAUGUGAAUAUACAUCCCAACUAUUAGAUUGGCUACGAUUGCACAAUUGUCGUAUUAUUAACGAUAAUCGUGCUCUUACAUUAGAAUUAUCAAAAGUUAAACAAUAUGCUGAAUUAAAAAAAUGGAAUAUUAAAGUGCCCAAAACAGCUGUAGUUUGUAAUGUAGAUAUAAUGAAUUCAACAACAUUUGAUCAAAAACAAUUUAUUCAAAAAUUAAAAGAGGCAGCAAAAAUAAAUUUUUAUGAUGAACAAACGGGAAAAUGGACACAAUUUAUCACUAAACAUAAUCGAGCUGGAAAAGGUCUUGGUGUUCAUUUAUUUACAAAUGAUGUAGAAUUAGAAAAACAUUUUUUAACAUUAUUCAAUGAACUAAAAGAAAAUGGAGUCAAAAAUGUUGAAGAAGAAUUAUCAAUCGAUGGCAUUUAUUUGUUACAACGAUUUAUUAAAUCAAAAGAACAUACGAUUAACCGUGCUGAAUUUAUCGGUUACAAGAAUAUGUAUGUAAUUCAAGUAGAUACCUUGCAAGGAUUUCAAUUGUGUCCAAGUGAUGCAUGUCGAAAACAACAACAACAAGAUAAAAAUUUAGUUAAACAAAGUGUUGAUACAAUUCAACAUGGUUUCGAUAUUCGUGAUCCAAAAACAUUAACAAAUAAAGAAAAUGAAUUAAUCCAAAGUUUAGAAGGAUUUUUACGUAAACAUGAAAUUGAAAUAGCCGGUAUUGAAUAUAUUGAAGACAGUGAAACUGAUCAAUUGUACGUAUACGAUAUUAACUGUAAUACAAAUUAUAAUGUUGCGGCAGAAAAACGUUUUUAUGCACAAAUGCAUGGUGUAGUACGAUUAGGUGAAUAUUUUCAAAAACAAUUAGAAACUUUGUAA